GCCACAUGGGACGGGCCCUGGAAUGAUUCAAUAGUUAGUUGUGUUGUGAUAUAAGUCGGCAUGGUGGACGACCUGCCAGUCAGCCACCUGCGCCGUCUGCUUUUGAUCCAACUAUCCCGGCUCUUGGACUGCUGUACUGAUCUUCACCAUUGUGCCACCGUCUUCACCCUCCUUCGGCCUGACAUCAACCCUUGACGUCUCAUACCGCUUCUUGUCUCAGAAACGCCGCCUGUGUUUCUUCACCGUUGACGAUAUCACCCGUAGUCAAGCCUCUCGGCCUAAUCAAUACCCACCCUUCAUCGCCGGCGCUCUAGCCUACCAUGGUUCGUGUGUGGCUGCGCCACCUCUUCGGAGAAACGAGGAAAAAGUCGCUACCAAAAUCGAGCGAUCCAACCUUCUCACCUGUAUUUGAACAGCCUGUCGUCAACUCAACGCCCAUGUGGCGCUCAAGCCUUCGCCUGGCAAAUCUACCAACCCGCGUCGACUACGACGAUGAGCAGGACGAGGACGAGGAGUAUGACGAGGUAGCCGACUUUCAACCAAUGUGGUAUUACAAGACAUCACCCCACCCGCCAGGCUGUGAUUGCUGCAUCGAGGGCACAGGCUUCCCGCGGCCGCCCUCGUCGGUCCUCAGCGGCUCAGAUUAUGCCGGCCACCGCCGCAAGACAUCCCGGGCCUCAACACACAUAUCGACCGCCUCGGCCGACAGUGAGCGCUCCAGCUCCAGCCCGGGCAUAGUCAAAGACCAUAUCGCCGUCCCUGCACCUGCACCUGACACAAACGUCCGGCUGCGCCGUUCCGUGAGCUCGUUCGGCCUCAGGAUGAAGAAGAGCAUGGGCUCCCUGAACAGGAGGCCGAGCGGGAUGCUGCGGUGAAUGUGAUCCGAGUCUUGCAUGGACUGGCUGCUGAUGUGAAAAUGAGUCAAUGUAUGAGAUGUAUGACCACGCCCAUGGACACGAUUGCAUUAGAGGGGACGGCAAAAGAAAGGUAAAAAGAUUUGGGCCGGUUGUGAUGAUAACGAAUUGUAUGAGACACGUAAACGCUCAAGACCCAGCGUUUAAAAAAACAUACGAUGUCGAUAACGAUGGUUAAAUUACGAUAGGUGAUGGUGCCCCUUAGCCUUGUCUGCGCGUCGCAAGGCUAAGCCUGAGGCUACACGCACUUAUCGUAUUUUAACCAUUGUUGUAGACACCGUAUGUUUUUUAAACGCGGGGUCUUGAGGGUUUACCACCAUGGGUAUGAAGGCGCUAUGUAUGUCCUCGGACGUGUGCGGAAUAGAAGCGGCAAGAGUUUCUGGGGCUGAAAUUGUAAAUAUUGGAGAUUAGGAUGAGGUAUAUUACACAUUUCCCCAGAGUUGGGUAGGAGAAUGAGAGACACAUACGCAUCGGUGUUCCCUACCACGAAGUAACUGACCACGA